UAUAAAAAUUAAUAUUAAUUAAAGUAAAUCAAAGUAGAGAUAACAUAUAAUCACAUAUGACAUAUCUAACCUGUUCACAUUUCAUCGAGAAUUGCAAAAUCCUAUUAUUUAACAACAAUUAUUAAGUUACAGGAAUUAUAUAUAUAUACAAUUUUUUUUUUAAUUUGUGGAUAUGCAUUAAAAUACUGAUAUAUCCUUAUAGUUGAAUGAGUAAAACACGAUGUACUUUUGGAGUUGGAAAUAAGAAGUUCGAUUUUAAUAUUAAAUGUUCCAUGUUCAAAUCCCCGCAAUCUCUUUUUCUCUUGAUAGAAUUCUUCUAUAUUUUUCUCACAUUAUCAGAAUACUAUAAAAUAAUUUAAAAAUAUAUUAAAUGUUAAAAUAUAAUUAAUUGUAUUGUACAAAUGAAAUAUUAAAUUUAUUUUCUUCUAGCUAAUAAAGUGCAUCAUAAUAGAAGUUAAAUUCUUAUAAGUGACAAUUGGCUUAUUAAUUUUCUUUUAUAUCCUGUAAAAAAAGAUUUUGUAAAUAUGAGUAAGAAAAAUGUUAGAUCUGAUAUGUCGUAUAAAAAUAAAUGUUCAACUAUGCGUAAAACAGAUGACAUACAUACACAUCCAAGAAUAAUAUAAAAAUCUGUAUUAAUGCAGCUAAUGAAUAUACCUGAUGCAGUGUGUCAAAAUGAACGUAAAACAAGUGAAAUGACUGUGAAGCAUGAUGAACAAAACCAGUCAUCUGUAUCUGUAGUACCAAAUAUCAAAAGAAAAAGGGGUAGACCUAGAAAAACGAACGAUAAUUCCAUAGACCAGAAUACACCAAAGACAUCAGAAAAUGACAAUAUUGUACAAGAUAUUUCCGAUAUCAUUACGGAACCCACAUACAUGAUACACAGUAGAAGACAUACUAGUAAAAUUAGGGAUACUAUCAAUGUAAGCGAUUUAAGCGAUGAAAGCGAUACUAAUAAUGUGGAAGAUAAAUCUCUUGUCAAAAAGCGCGGUCGUCCAGUUGGUAGUAGAGGACGAGGACGAGGACGAGGACGAGGUCGAGGUCGAGGUCGAGGACGUGGUCGGGGUCGCGGUAGGGGAAUAACGUACAAUUCUUUUUUAGACUCAGAUGAGAUGAAUACAACAGUAGACAGCGUUGCAAAUAUUGAAAAUGGUACGGAUUCUCCAAAUAUUGAGAAGAAUGUACAAUUAAUAACUUGCGCUAAAUGUAAUCAACAAGUACCAAAAAGACAAUGGUCUUUACAUAACUUGCAUCAACAUAAUAAUAUGGCUUGGCAAGAAAAUGAGGAACCAUUGGACUUCGAAAAUGACAUUAAAUUAUUAAAGAAAGUAUUAGCUAGUGCUCUUAAACAAAAAAAGAAAUAUUUAACUUGUGAAAAAUGUAAAGAUAUAAAACGAAGUGUCAACGGUUUUAUAUCACAUAUGCAGUUUUGUGGAAAAUCAGAAGAAGAAAGGCAAGCGUUAAUGAUGACAUGCCCCAUUUGUAAAUCUGUUAUGAUGCCUUCUUCUAUGGAAAUGCAUGAACGUUAUCAUAGGCAAUUAGAACAAAAUAAAGAUGAAGAAACAUCAGUUAUACUAAUAGAACGGACAAAACGGAAAGCAGCAGAGAAAGCAGUACCAAGAAUAAUUGAGUCUAUGAAAGAGCAAGAUUCAGCAAAGAUAAUAAAACUUGAUUCUUCUGCAUUUAAAAAUGUAAUACAAAUGCCAGAACUUAAAAAAAAAAUACCAGCCGUUUGGAAAGGUAUAUGGAGGAAGGAAAUAGCUUCACAAGGUACCACAUCUUGUAAACAAUUAGGAUGUACUUACACAUGCUCCUCUUAUGAAAGCAUUUGCGAACAUUAUUCUCAAUGUAACUUUACUCCACAGGAGAAUUUUAUAUGUAAGAUUUGCAAGUUUUCUGCAGAUUCUAAAGACAAAAUCAUAGAUCAUAUAACAGAAGCUCAUUCGAGCAAUGAGGAUUUAGACAAGCAUUCUGAUUUCGAAAAAGAUAAGGAAGAUGAGGAUUCAUCAGAAGAAAAUAUAAUUGAAUGGGAUGUAAAACAAAAAAACCGUUCGACGAAACAAACACAGAUAAGCUCUGAUGGCACAAGAAUAUACAAUAAAAUGGCUUUCUUAGAUAAAGAAAUAAUGCAAAAACCACAAUCAACUAAACCCUACAAGUCAACUAUACGUUGGACUCUAGAAUUUGAACUGAAAAAUUAUGAACUUAUGUUAUUCGAAGACAAUAUGCCAAAUGCUUUUACAUUAUUGGAAAAUAACAAUGCCGCAAAGUAUCUUCCAGAACUAACAAUUUCAAUGGCCAUCAAAAAUGUGAAGCUUGAUUCGCCAAAAAAUGUAGAAAAUUCUAACAAUGAUGACAAGUGGAAGCGUCUAAAUAGAUUUGAGAGUGAUAUUUAUGAAGCUGUGCCAACAUUUUUUGUCGGUGGCCCUGUAUGGGCGUUAGCAUGGUUACCUAUUCCAUCACCAAUGUACACCAAAAACCCGACACAAUAUGUUGCAAUCAGCACACACCCUACUAUGGAAAACGAGUACACUGUAGGAAAUAAAUAUUCCGGACCAAAUAUCAUACAAAUAUGGAAUGUUGGAAAUUUAAAUCAUGACGUCGAUAGUAGAAAUAAAUUACCCGUUUUAGCUUAUGCAAUUGCACAUAAUAAUGGUACAAUUUGGUGCUUGGAAUGGUGUCCAUCAGGAUGCUAUCAAGAUAUUGAUCUUGGCAAUUAUAAAGCGGAAGAAAAUAAGCUUAGACGAAUGGGAUUGCUUGCGGCUGCAUGCUCAGAUGGAUGCGUAAAUAUUUAUUCAUUACCAUUUCCCGAUGAACUUAAAUUCGAAAAAACAGAAAACAAUUCGUUGCCGAUCUACAAGACCGACCCGGUAAUAACACUAGUCGUAAAUCAUUUAUUAUAUGAUAGUAACAAACAGAAUUGGCAAUGCAUUAAACUAUCAUGGACGAAGGAACAUGGACAUAAUAUCAUCGCGGCAGGUUUCACCAAUGGUUAUAUCGCAUUAUGGGAUCUCACGACUGCUUGUCCUACGUUAGUCAAUGUACGAAAAAAUACAAAACUUAUAAAUGCAUUCCAGCAUUUCUUCGCUCAUCAUAAUGCAGUUAGCAUGGUAGCAUUAGUUCCAUAUGGCAAAAGCCGAUUUUUGGCUUCGGGCAGUACAGAUAGAACGUAUAAGUUUUGGGACUUGGAAGAUACAAGCGCACCACGACACUGUGCGAAAAAGAGUAUAAUACUCGACGGCGCGUGGAUGAUGCACUGGCCGUGUUCGGUUAUGAGCUUCGAUGAUGCGCUUGGGUACCAAUAUGCGCAUUCUUGUAUAAUACCAUUGAGAGACUAUGGAUAUAAAUUCUGCCCGAUUUUACCAACUAAUUCACCGACUUAUAGCAUCGCUGUUUCUGAUCAUGCUAAUAGUGUCGCACAUGGUACUUUAGCAGGAGAAGUAAUAACCAUAUUUCCCCAUCAAUUAUUGUAUGCAGAAAGAAUAUUGUCUAAGAAAAGACAGUUAAACUCUUUCAUUAAAACAGUAGAUUUCUUAGAAAAGAGUCAAAACACGGUCAACAAUGGAAAUAAAAAUGACAAAAAGAAUUCUAAGGAUUAUCGUUAUAUGCCAGAAACCUAUAAUGAAUGUAAAGAUCGCUUUGGCAUCAUUUUCCAUGAUAAAUUAACAGGUCUGAAGGAAAAAAUAACUAGGGAUAAACAGGAUCAUACUCUGUAUAAUAACAUGUUGACGUCCAUCCCUAUUGAACAAUAUCCAUUUACUUCUGCAAACAGGGUGGCUUGGAAUCCAAAUGCGUGGAGUUAUUUGUGGCUUAUGGUGGGUUAUCAAAAUGGUUUAAUGAGAUUAUUAAACUUAACAUUUAUGUCCGCAUCUCAUGAAUUGAAUUGAAUUAUUAGUUUGAAGACUAUGAAAUUGUAUAAUAUUGAUUUAUAAUUUAAUAAACGAUACGUAAUCUUAAUCAAAAAA